AUGGGAGAUUUUGAUAAAACUCAAAGACCUGCAACAACAAACUUCUCUGAUCUCGGCACAGCUAACAUCAGCACAAACCUCGACAUCCAAGAUGACAAAGAGCAAUGAAAGCGUGAAAAGAAAUGCCACAUUUGCCAAACUCCUUUUGGUAUGGUAGGGCUUGUUUAUAAUAAAAAAUAUUCCUGCAAAUUCUGCUGCCACGCAGUCUGUUCCAAAUGCUCCCCACAAAAAGCUCCACAUCCAGAGACCAUGAGCAUGGCCCGCAUUUGCAGCAUAUGCUAUCAAAAAGCUAUGGAAAACCACUUCACAGAAGGUUACAACCAAGAACUCAUAAAAACCAAGUCAGAAAAAGAAGAGCUCCAGAUCCGUCUUGAGCAAGAAAUUAAAAAACGCCAAGCAAAAGCAGCUAAAAGGAAAAUUCUCGAAGAAAAAAUCCAACAAAUAGAAAAAGACGCAGCUCACCAAGCUUCAGAAAAUAAAGCGACUAUAAACUCGUUAAAAGCACAAAAGCAGACUUUAUUGGCUAAGGCACAAGCACUUGCAGCAAGAAUUAAAGAAAUUGAGGCAGAAAUUAACCAAAAAGACCAAAUUUUGAAUGAAUUAGGAAAUCAAUUAAAAGAGCUUAAAGAAAAGUACGAAAAUGAUAGAAAUGAAGUUAGCGAACUGAGGAAUCAAUUAGCAGAGCAGCAAGAUGAGAACGUAAGGCUUCUUAGAAAAUUAGAACAAUUUUCAGCACCGCCUCCAGAAGAGAACAAAAAGCAGAAAAAGCAAAGAGAAAAAGAAGAAAAAAUGAGGUCUUGCAUAGAAGAGCUGAGUAUCCAGCACAACGAAUUAGUUGAAGAAAGCAAAAGAUUGGCUGCAGAGCUCGUUCACACUGAAAGUGAAUUAACUAAUCGAGACGAGCAAAUAAAGCAGCUACAAGACAGGCUGGGUGAGCUUUAUAGCGCUUCUCAAGACGACUCUGAAUACCCCACAAAUGCAAGCAUCACUCAAGAAGAGGAAGAAAGAAUAAAAGAACUAAAAGAGCAGCUUCAGGAGCAGCAAAACCUAAUUGAAAAGCUCAAAGCAGAAGUCGAAAAAGCGAGAGAAAGAAAAGAAAACGCGUUUAAUUCAGUCAACAUCAAUGAUGGCCCAGAAAUGACGAGGAAAAAUUGUGCAGACUGUGAAAUCUUUUAA